CUCUUUCUUCUUCUGCGAAACCCUAGAAUUCUUCUGCAAAAAUCUCUGUGUCUUCUUCUUCCUGAAUCCAAAUCUUGUGUCAAGAGUAAACCAUGCGGAGCGAGAGAAUUGAUACAGAUGAAGCAGAAACGAGAACGAGAACAAAUCUCUCGCAAGAAGUCGAAGAAUAUAUCAAAGACACAAUUGAUCACUCGUUAGGUCUUCCGAUCUCCAUGGAAGCUCUUCAGAAGAAGCUUUAUACGGCUGAAGAAUCUCAACGCCGUCUUCGCGAACAGUAUCUGGCUUUGGUUUCGCGAUUAAAGGAGAAAGAUCAUGUAAUCGAUCGUGUUAGGUCUGAAGCGAGUAUGAAUGCGCAAGCGUUGAAGAAGUUUGUUGAUGAGAAUCAGAAAUUGGCUAGUGAGUGUGGGAAUUUGUUGAGUCAGUGUAAGAAAUUGGAGAAAGAGUGUUUGCUAUAUCAUCAAGAUCGUGAUGCGUUGAUGGAGUUUGGGAAUGAAUCUGAUGAGAGAGCUAGAGAAGCAGAAGCUAGGGUUCGUGAAUUGGAGGAUGAAAUUGGAAGAAUGUCUGAGGAAAUGCAGAUUUUUAAGCGUCAAAUUGGAGAUGGUGAAGUUGACAGCUGCAACACACCGUUAGAAGAAGAUUUGCUUGAUUCAGUUUUGGGAUCACUCAUAAGCAAAGAUGAAACUAUAAUGGGACGUCUCUUCUUGGAGGCAAACGUCCAAGACCAAUCGUGCCAAGCCUUGUUGAGCAAGUGGGAUCAUUUAAAGCCUUCAACGCAAAAGGUUCUUUCUUUAGUUUCAAGAGCAAAGAAAUUUGAAAAGGAAAAAGAAUGCAUCAUCAUGAAUCUCGCUAAAGCCGAGCAAGAGGUGGAACUUGUGAGCACCCUAAACCGAAAGCUGGAUAAAGAAAAUCGUAAGUUGCUAAGGCAACAACAAAGUCCUAUUUGUUCUACAGAGCGGAACCGGAACAGCGCAUCCGCAAAGUCAAACAAGAGAAAGAGUCCGAAGACGAUGAGCAGUCCGGUCGAGAAGAGGCUUGAGUUUAGCAGUCCAGAAAUUAGCAGGAAGCCUCUAUCACCUGUAUGGAAUAACUCACCAGAUUCUAAGAUGAACAAGCUUUUUCGAUUUCUCUUAUCCAAAACUCUCUCACUCAUGGCUCUUCUUCGUCUUCCUGGCAUUUCCCUCCAAAUUCUAGAUUCAAUUCCAGCAAAAUCCAGAAACAUCACCACUUACUUCUCCACCACAACACAAGAGCCAGUCCUCGAAUCUUCCUCUUCUUCAGCUACUGAGGUAGUAGAAGAAGAGAUUUCUAAAACCAGAUUGAUUGCUCAGAACGUUCCUUGGACCUCUACACCUGAAGAUAUAAGAUCAUUGUUCGAGAAAUACGGGAGUGUUAUCGACAUUGAGAUGUCUAUGCAUAAGAAGGAAAGGAAUAGAGGUUUGGUUUUCAUUGAAAUGGCUUCUCCUGAAGAAGCUGCUACAGCUCUUAAAUCUCUCGAAUCGUAUGAUUAUGAGGGUCGUCGUUUGAAAGUAGACUAUGCAAAGACCAAAAAGAAGAAGACAUAUGCGCCGCGUGAGAAGCCUUCACCAGUGCCUACAUUCAAUUUAUUCGUUGCAAACUUGGCAUUUGAAGCAAGAGCCAAGCAUCUUAAGGAGUUCUUUGAUGCAGACACUGGUAAUGUUGUGUCCACUGAAGUUAUAUUUCAUGAAAAUCCAAGGAGGUCGAGUGGUUACGGAUUUGUCUCUUUCAAAACCAAGAAACAGGCCGAGGCAGCGCUUAUUGAGUUCCAAGGAAAGGAUUUCAUGGGAAGACCAAUCCGAUUAGCUAAAAGCAAACAGUUUGUGAAAUUGCAAGCAAAAGAAGGGUUGCAGCCACCGGAGGAGGAAGAGGAACCAUCUCCUUCCGAGGCAAUGACCCAAGAGGUUGAAACUCCAGCUGCAUAAAACUGAAUAAGGUAGUAAAAGCUUAAUUGGUUUCAUUUCCUGACUCUUUUGUAUCAUUACACCUCUAAACUCUGAAUUGAUUGAAUCAGUAUAUAUAUACAUAGUCUGUGUUGCAGGAUUAUUGCUGGAGGUAUUGGAAUUGAAGAAAAAGCUUAUCGAGCU